AUGGAACCUCCAUCGAUUCCCCCACCACCUCCACCUCCACCGCCGCUGAACAUCCCUCCUUCUAGGGCAAGACUCCAACUAGCGGCUCGGUUGGCGAUGCAUCAGAAGAACAACCAAGCACAAUCAUCUGGAAAUUUAAGUAACGACGAUGAUGACGAUGACGAGAACCCUACAGAUCCAUUUGCCGAUACAGAAGAGGACUUUGACGAUGAUGAUCAGACGCAAGGUGAUGAAAGGGGCGCAUGGUGGAGAGAUGUGGUGAGGGAUCGUGGAGGCAAGCCAGAUGGGAAUGAAUCAGACGACGAGCGUGAUGAUGACGAUGACGAUGAGUUUGGAGACUUCGCCAUGCCAGAAGACGAUGCUCAAAACGUUAUAAGACCUCAACCUGUGAAUCCUGCAAAGGAGGGCUCAGCUUCAACGAGGGGAUUGAGUGGAUUGUGGCCGUUUGGACUGUCCAAGGCGGAGAAGGAAAAGGAGGGGAGUAGACAGGCUGCUGAGGAGGGGAAGGACGAUGAAGUCAAGGCUGUGGAAGUUAAGGAGGCCAAGAGAAGAACGAGUAUUGAGGAUCCUGAUGAUGAUGAGGUUGUGGUUUAG